GGGCCGCUGAGGCCUUGUAUUUCGGUCUCCCCCCGAAGAAGAAUCCUCCAGCCUUUUUCACCCCUUCCAGCGAGCCGGCCCUGGGCCUUUGCUUGCAGCAGGGCAGGCUGUGUGUGCCGCGGAGCAGAAAGAAUAGGCUGUGACAAUUCCCGUAGCUUAGAGACCGUUAGUCCCUUUCAGAGUCCCGGCUCCAUUUGAAUAAAAAUCAGUCUCCAGCCCCGCUUGCCCACACUGAGAGAGGAGGGGUUGGGGGAGAGCCGGGUUAUUUUUACCCACCGCCAGUUAAGUUCGCACGGCCGGAGUUCUCACGCGGCUUGGACAGCGGCAGACUUGGGACUCUUGGUCGACGGGGCAGGAGUGGACUUUCUUGCAGGGCUGUGGGUGGGUCGGGGCGAGCCAGGGAGAGCGGAAGACAUCAACCUGGCUUCUUGCUCCCCAAAUCUCCCGUGCCCCUUAUUUGAAGCAACAACAGAUGCAUCAGUACCUGAAGAGGCCAGGGCAUCCCCAGCCCCGAGGUUGAAACUUCCCAUGCUGCCCAUGGCACUACUUCUCUACUUGCUUCUCUGGGGCUUUUUCUUUCUUUCCUGGCCAGUCCGGUUAGCCGAUGCUCAGGGCACAGAAUCGCCCGACCUGUUGUACCAUGGCUGUUCAGAGGGGAGCUGCUACCCAGCCACAGGGAAUCUUCUCAUUGGGAGGACGCAGAGGUUGAGCGCCACAUCCACGUGUGGCCUGGAGGGGCCUCAGGAGUACUGCAUCGUCAGCCAUUUGCAGGACUCUGAGAAAUGCUUCCUUUGUGACUCUCGCUCCCCGUCCCUGCGCGAGAGCCACCACAUUGAGAAUGUCAUCUACCUGAGUGGUCGGGAUGGUGAGCAGACCUGGUGGCAGUCUGAGAAUGGUGUAGAACAGGUCAGCAUCUCCUUGGACCUGGAAGCCGAGUUCCACUUUACUCACCUCAUAAUGAAGUUUAAGACAUUCCGCCCAGCGGCCAUGUUGAUUGAACGUUCGUCAGAUUUCGGGCACAGCUGGAAGGUUUAUCGCUACUUUGCCUUCAACUGCUCCAAGCUCUUCCCUGGCGUCCCCAUGCAAGUCCCAACACACGUCAACCAGGCGAUCUGCGACCAGCGAUACUCCGAGAUUGAGCCCUCCAGCCAUGGCGAGGUGAUUUUCAAAGUGCUGGAUCCGGCGGUGAAAGUUGAGGACCCAUACAGCCAGGAAAUCCAAGAUCUGUUGCGCGUCACCAACCUGCGGGUGAACUUCACAAAGCUGCACACUCUGGGCGACAACCUACUCGACUUUCGGCAUCAGGUGCUGCAGAAAUACUACUACGCCGUGUACGAGAUGGUGCUGCGUGGGAGCUGCUUCUGCUAUGGGCACGCCUCGGAGUGUGCCCCUCUGGCUGGAGCGCCAAGCAGAGUAGAAGGCAUGAUCCACGGACGAUGUGUGUGCAAGCACCACACCAAGGGCCUCAACUGCGAGCUCUGCAAGGACUUCUUCCAGGAGUUGCCAUGGAGACCAGCUGAGGCCCACAACCCACACGCCUGCAAAGAGUGCAACUGCAACGAGCACUCCCACAAGUGCCACUUCGACAUGGCCGUGUACCUGGCCACGGGCAACACCAGCGGCGGGGUCUGCGACGAGUGCGAACACAACACCAUGGGCCGCCACUGCCAGCUCUGCAAGCCCUUCUACUACCGCAACCCUCUGGCUGACAUCCGUGCCAGCACGGCGUGUAUCCCAUGUGACUGCGACCCAGUGGGCUCCUUGGACGGUGGCGUGUGUGACAGUCAUACAGAUGCGAUGCUGGGCAUGAUCGCUGGGCAGUGCCGCUGCAAAGAGAACGUCAAAGGCGUGCGUUGUGACAGCUGCAAAGAGGCCUUUUACGGACUGAGCCGCAAUGACCCUCUUGGGUGCCAGCCCUGCAGGUGUGACCCUCGUGGGAUUAUCCCAGGUAGCCUUCCCUGCGACCACAUCAGCGGCGACUGCUACUGCAAGCGAUUUGUCGCCGGGCGAUACUGCAACCAAUGUUUGCCUGAAUACUGGGGUUUGAGCAAUGAUAUGGCUGGCUGCCGGAGCUGCGCUUGUGAUUUUGGAGGUGCCUACAGCAACAGGUGUUCCAUGGAUGAUGGCCAAUGCCCCUGUCGGCCCCACCUCAUCGGGCGCCAGUGUGAUGAAGUGCAGCCGGGGUUUUUCUGCAUGCCCCUGGACUAUUAUAUGUAUGAAGCAGAGCAUGCCACAGGUCUUGCACCAACCCAUCAGGGCCUGCCAGGUGCCUUGCGGCCCGAGGCCCCUGUGGACUGUGUGGAAUAUUACAACGGGGUCCAGAACGGGCGCAAAGUGAGGCUGCGACGACAGCACAGCACGAUCAGACUCUUGCAGCAGCGAGCGGCGCUCCGAAGAGCCAGGCAACUUCAGCAGAAGCCUGAUGUGGAAGUCAUGCAACGUGAGCAUACAGGUCACAUGAUUACAUGGACCGGCCCCGGCUUUGCACGCGUGAGGGAUGGGGCUGGUUUAUCCUUCCAUAUCGACAACAUCCCCUACCCCAUGGAAUAUGACAUCCUGUUGCGCUAUGAGCCUGAGUCCACAGAGGAUUGGGAAGCUGUCGUCAGCGUCAGCUCGCGGGCGUUACCCAUGAGCCCUCGCUGCGGCAACGUGCUGCCCUCGGAGCAGAUGUAUCGGGAGAGCCUGCCCCAUAGUUCCAGGUAUGUGCUCCUGCCGCGGCCCUUCUGUUUCGAGCCCAGGAACCAUUAUGAGAUCACCGUGCGAUUCCAGCGGGCAGGGGUGGCACAGCGCCAUCCUGCAGCCUUCAUCCUUGUUGACGCGCUGGUCCUUCUGCCCCGUGUGACAGAGCUGCCCGGGCUCCAUGGUAGCAGUCCUGCAGCGGUGGAGCGCCGGGAAGCGUUGGAGCGCUACACCUGCCUAGAGGUUUUCCGCAUGGCCACCAUGCCCGACCUGGCCGAGACCUGUGCCCGCCUGCUGUGCAGCAUCUCUGCCCUGAUGCAUGAUGGGGCUAUGCCCUGCCAGUGUGAUCCCCAGGGCUCCACCAGCAGUGUUUGCCACAAACUGGGAGGGCAAUGCCAGUGUAAGCCCAACGUGAUGGGUCGGCGCUGUGACCAGUGUGUCCCGGGCACCUACGGAUUCGGACCCUACGGCUGCAGCCCCUGCGCCUGUUCCCCCGAAGGCUCAGUCUCCAGGAUCUGCGAACCAGUAAGCGGGCAGUGCCGAUGCCAACAUGGUGCCAUUGGACGCCAGUGCGACCAGUGCCCACCAGGCCAGUGGGGCUUCCCGACUUGCCGGCCUUGCCACUGCAACGGGCACUCGGAGGAGUGCGACUUGCACACGGGGGCCUGCCACCGGUGCCGCGAUUACACGGCUGGCCGUCAUUGUGAGAGGUGCUUGGAUGGUUACUAUGGAGACCCCGUCUUGGGCUCAGGGCAACAGUGCCGUCCCUGCCCUUGCCCUGGGUAUCCAGGGUCUCGGCACUAUCACGGCAUCUCCUGCCAUACCGACAGGGAAACCAAUCAGAUUGUUUGCCUUUGUGCUCCAGGCUAUACAGGACCACGGUGUGACCACUGCUCGCCUGGCUAUUUUGGAGCCCCUGAGCAGGAAGGUGGAGCCUGCCGCCCCUGCCAGUGCAACAACAACAUUGACCCCAGCGACCCCGAAGCCUGUGAUCCGCACAGCGGCCAAUGCCUUCGCUGCCUUUACCACACUGGCGGGCCCCACUGUUCUGAGUGCCAGCCUGGCUUCUAUGGCAAUGCCUUCCAGCGUAGCUGCCGACGCUGUACCUGCAACGAACAGGGCACGCUGCCCUCGCACUGCUCCAAAGGCAUCUGCCACUGCGAUCGAACUACAGGCAAUUGCCCCUGCCGCCCCAACGUGGUAGAUAAGAACUGUGACAGGUGCGCCCCCAACUUCUGGGGCUUCGGCAGCGACGUGGGGUGUCAGCCGUGCAACUGUGACCCUGCCCAUUCGUUACGGUCAGACUGCAACAUGUUCACAGGGCAAUGCCACUGCCUGCAGGGCUUCGGGGGCCGGGUUUGCUCCCACUGUCAAGAAGAUCACUGGGGGGACCCGGAACGGGAAUGUCUAGCUUGUGAGUGUGACCCCACGGGGUCCGAGAGCCUGCAGUGUGACCGUCUCACGGGGCACUGCCCCUGCCGAGGUGGCUUCACGGGACCGCGCUGCGACCAGUGCCGGCGGGGCUUCCAGCAGAACUUCCCCCGUUGCUCCCCCUGCCACCCUUGCUUCGGCCAGUGGGACGCGGUUCUGGCACAGCUCUGGGAACAGCUGCGGAGGCUGCAGGGCACAGUGCAGGCCCUGAAGGAAGGGGGGCCCAUCCCAGUGGCCAGCAGCAGCCGCAUGCGCAACCUGGAGGACAGGCUGGGUGACGUCGAGCGGCUCCUUGGGGACGGCAGCAGUCCAAGCACUCCCCUGUUGCAGCAGCUCAGUGCCCUUCUGGAAGAUACCAGGGCGGACACAGAUGAGCUCUGGCAACAGCUGCAGGCUACAGACUCGCACCUGGACGGCACCGAGAAGGAAGCUGGCGGGCAAAAGAGGCGUCUGAAUGUGCUGAGCCAAGAGCUAGGGGAGCUCAACCGCACCGUCAGCUACCUCAACAGCCAGCUGCAGAGGAUGACAAACGCCAGCUUCAACAAGUCUUUCCAAAGCAUCCUGGGAUUCUUCCAGGAGUCACAGCUGGCCCAGCAGCGAGCGAACAGCUCCGUCCACGGCCCUCAGAGCCCGGUGGGUCAGUCCAAGCUCACGCACCAGGCCACCGUUGAGCUCCUGAGGCGCAGGGGAGAUGCUUUCCGCAAGACGGCAGCUGCUCAGCGGAAGUCUUUGCGCGACCUCCAGAAAAAGGCCGGCAGCCUCAGUCUGAGCAGGAUCAACCAGAAGAUCUGCGGUGCUUCUGGAGAAGAGGGCUGUGAGCAGACCCCGUGCGGAGGGGCUUCCUGCCGGGACAGCUUAGGUCAACGGCACUGUGGAGGCCCCGGCUGCACUGGAGCGCUGCCCGUGUCCAUGAAGGCCCUCUCUACAGCUCAGAACAUCUCUCGCCAGCUGGAGAGCAGCGCAAGGCACCUGGGCACCAUUGCUAGCAAGGUGCAAGAAAUCCAGGACUUGGCGCAGAAUGCCAGGAGCCAUGCUCAGGACACUCUGGACCGUGCACAGGGGGCCCGGAACCGCGUGGAGAAGUCGACGGCCAAGCUGCGGGAAUUUAUCCAGAGGAUAAAGGACUUCCUAGCAGAGGAAGGUGCUGAUCCUGAGAGCAUUGAGCUUGUGGCUCAGCAGGUCCUCAACAUCUCCCUACCCAGCAGCCCUGAUCAGAUCAGCAACCUGAUUAAGGACAUCCGGGAUAGAAUCAGUCAGCUGGACGGGGUGGACAUCAUCCUGAACGACACGGUGCACAGCCUGAACCGUACCAGGGAACUCCUGGCAAAAGCGGAACUAGCUAAAGGGCGAGCGGAGGGUGUGCAAGAAACCAUCACAGAAACACGCGCGGCACUCAAUGGAACAAAGGUCAAACUGGAGGCAGCAGAGCAAGCUAUGAACAAAACCAAGGAAGCCAUCCAGGCUGUGACUGGCCGCGUCAGACAGGCCGGACGCAAGCUCGAGAAACUGGUCGACGCAGAGUCGAAACUGGAGAGCCGCCUCAAAGGUCUGGCGCAGAACGUGAGCGCAUUGCAAAACAAGUCCCAGAACAAUCAGAAACUCGCCCAGGAGGCCAAGGGAAAAGCGGAGCGUGCCACCACUGCUGCGGGGAGGCUGGAAAAUGAGGUGGAGAAAGUGAUGAAGAGAUACCAGAAGUUGCAGGAAGAAGUGGACAAGCAGCCUCAAGAUGCAAUGCUCAGGCUGAAAAACCUCAGGGAGGAAGCCCAGAAUCUCUUGGACAAGGCCACGGGCAGCAAGAGGAAGCUGGAAGAGCUGGAAGGGCGCUUCGAGGCCAACGAGAAACAAAUGAAGGAGAAAGCAACCGUGCUGCAGAAGCUGGAGGGACAAGUGACCGAACUCCUGCAGUACAUCCGGGACAAAGCCACGGCCUAUGCUACGUGCUAGGGGCCCUGUUUCCUGCCAGCUCCGGACUCUGCCGCAAUGGGGACCUCCUAUACAUGUCUCUGGCCGUCUCCUCUCUCUGAGACCCUAGCUGUAGAUUUGGGGGCCUUCGUGUAACCCUCUUCUUUUUAAUCUCCACCUGAUUGUACCAGUUAGGCCCGCCUGGGAUCAGGCAUAUCAGGGCGAUUUCAGUGCCAGCAUCUCAUAGACACGCAGUUACAUUGCGGUGGUGCCGUUAGGUAAAUUAAGACUUAAUGGGGAAGGGCCGUAACCGUAGAACCUCUGCUUUGCAUGCAGAAAGUCCCGGGUUCACAAUCUCCAGCAUUCUCCAGGUAGGGCGGGAAGACGCGUCUGAAAUCCUGGCAAGCCACUGCCAGUCCGUGUCGACAUUACAGAGCCAGAUGGGCCCGACGGUCUCAUGCAAUAUAAGGCAGCUUCUUAUAUUUUGUAAUUGUCUUACAGGGCCGCUCUCUUUAGAGGGCAACGGGUGUUACCUGAAUCGUAAUGGUUACCAUUUUGAGGUUCCUUCUAACUGUCAUUCCACUUCAGAUUCAUUAUGAUAAGCCCAUCUUUCUUAUUCUCCCUAGAUUUCUGUCCUUAAGUCUCGCCCUGAUGGCAUCUGUUCGGUCCACAGGCUGUCCCAGAACGGGGGGGGGGGAUAGAAAGCCUUAUUCCUGCAGAUUAUCUGCCCCAAUAUGUCCACACCAGCUCAAUGAAUGGAUGAGUUCCCCUCUGGGCGACUUCUCUUUGCCCUUGGGCUCUUUUGCUGUUGCCGUGGAAAGCACCCAGCUGCUUCGGCCUGCAGCCUCAGGCAUAGACAAGGGACGCAGAGUUCUACCUGUUUUAUCAAGGGUAGUGGGAAAUUGCCUGUGGCUUUCAGUUGCCUCCUGAGGUUUCUUUAACCUCAGCAAAGAAAUAUAUUUAGUCCUGGACUUGACGCCCCACAGCUGCCCCCCUUUCUUGUGAAAUGGAUGAAGUCACACACAGCGCUUCCCCUCCCACCGAAAAAUGGUUCUAGUCAAAAGCGGUAUGAUGUUCAGCACUUCCUCCGAGAGUUCCCUCCUAUUCCACUCAAGAUUGAGAGGUUCCUUCUUCCCACUUCCUUUCCCCUAUGUGAAUUGCCUCAGGAUACUAAUGAUUGCACAAAUAGCUUUAAAUAGUUGUUUCUUUGUUUUCUAAGAUGACACAGAUUCAUAGAAGGUGUCUGUCAACUGCUAUUAGUCAACUCUUUUGAGCAAGUGAAGGUGCGUCACACCCAAGAAACACCAUGUUAUUUGGGCAACUGAGAAUUAAAAUAAAAUAGAAAUCCCACAAGCACAUCUCCCCCCCCCCCAGCCUGGCAGUAAAAAUAUAAUAAAUUAACAAUUUGCUGUCUUUUCAUUAUACCUCAAAUAAGUUGUGUGGGACUCCUCACAACAUGGUAGGGUUGACCGUGACUCUUUCUUCCUGACCUGCUCCUCCCAUCAUAUUGGUCCAGAAGGUAUAUGGGGAAGUGUUGCGUAUCAGGGGAAGACAGUGAUGCCCAACCACAGACAUUCCCUCCUGACCAGCAUCUCUUAAGAGAGGAGUGUUCAGCCAAUCCUUCAUUUUAGUAAUAAACCCCUUGACCCUCCUGG